AUGGCGGCAGAAAUACAACCCAAACCGCAGACUCGGACGCCUGUUCUGCUCAACAAAAUCGAGGCUUCCCAAGAUGUUGUGAACACGGCGGUCAUAAUUCCAAAGGAGGACGGGGUGAUCAGCGUCUCCGAGGACAGGUAGGAUGAUACUGUUUGAGACCAUGUUGUCAAAUACGUGACUACAGUAGGUAAAAUAUAAUAUUACAUAGAUUUUGCACUAUAAGCUCCCUAUCGCUAAUAAGUGGCUUUUGUCAUUGCUCGAGUUUGUUGUAUUUACGUUACGGUCGUCAUGGCUGGCUGGUCGUUGUCACCCCGCGUUAAAACUAAGUCACAGUCUUUUCACGCCACUAAGAUACUAAAUCAUUUUCGUAGCAGGUUAGGAGAGGAUUUUCGCUAGGCCUAAACCUAACCAUUUCCCUAAACAUAACCUCAGUCUUCUAACUAGCCGAGCAACGCUCAACUCUGUUCUUACAUCGAGGCGGAGUUGAGUAUUGAUAACUGGUCGCGCCAUUUACUAACAACAACUUUGCGUCACCACCAGUCGAUACUUGUAAAAAUGUCAAUUCUGAAAACUGUUAGGCCUGCCUGUACCUACAAUUGCGGUCUUUCCGCGGGGUUCUGAAAUUCAUACUUUUAAUAACAACUUUUAUCAAAUACAACCACCGACUUAUGAGGAAAAAGUCCGUGGUUUUAUUCGCUAAAAGUAUGAAUUUUAGAACCCCCGCAGUUGUACAGGACAAGCAUAUAUAUGUACAAGAGUUUUCAGAAUGUACAUUUUUACAAGUAUCAACUGAUGCUGACUCAAUGUUGUUGCUAGCAAAUCGCGCGACCAAUUAUCAAUACUCAACUCCGCCUCGAUAUACGAUAACGGAGUUGAGCGUUCCUCACCUAUCUUCUAACCUGCUGCAUAAGUUCUCAUAACCUGUUACGAAAAAGUCACUAAGGUAUCGAAGUGGUGUGAAAAUAGUUUCUCUUAACUAAAAUACGCAGAGAUAUCUUAUCAACUAAACUCAACUCGCCAUUUACGAUGGAGUUGAGUGGCAACUAGUGUGGGCGGAUUUGAGCUCCGACAUCACAUAAAACAAUGUCGUUACAGAACAAUGUCUUGUGUAAUUGCGGGCUAUUCUUUGGGUGCUGCCAUCAAGGAUGAAGGAAUCUCAAGGAUGAUCAAUGGAAGCAGCAUGCACCUGAGCUCAAUUUCAAGUCUCAUUGCAAAGGGUCUGAAUACUUAUGUAAAAAAGGUAUUUCAGUUUUUUAUUUGUAAUACAUUGUAAUACAAUCAGUAGUUUUUGAUAAAACGUAGUUUUAUAUGGAGUUGAAUUUAAUCGGCAAAGAUCGCUGACUUCCACAUCGUCUGUCUAUCGACUACACUGAUAUACUGUCAUGCAGACUACAUAAAAACAGCUAGGCUUGUCAAAGUCAGCUGACAUAAAAUCCCACUGGUAAUCUCUCUGUUAGUGCGCAGUAAAAUUCUCACCCACAGGCUGAUUCCAGUCAUGGCAGUUUGAUAGUCCCGACCCAUACAUAACCAGAAUGGCUUUAUGUGACCCGCAGGACGAUCCGGAUAUGGCUGAAGAGAGACAGUGGCCAGUACUGGCCCAGCGUUUACCACACAAUGCCAGGUGAGUCAUCACCUCUCAUUACAUUUAUAUUUACAUUUGAGUAAUUUAGCAGACGCUCUUAUCCAGAGCGACUUACAUUUAGUGAGUGCAUACAUUUUUCAUACUGCCCCCCCGUGGGAAUCGAACCCACAACCCUGGCGUUGCAAGCGCCAUGCUCUACCAACGGAGCUACAGGAGGCCCAAUUACCUACAGGAGCAGAGCGGAAAAUAUUUUUGGGAUCUCCGAUUGUUCUGGCAAUUCUCACAUAAGAACUUAAUUGGGAGUCACAUUUGUAUCCCACAUUUUUUUGGGGGGGGAAAUCAUAAUGAAAUGUGCCAUUUUAGGCCCGUUUUAGACCUAUACAUGCCUCCUGUAAGACUUGUUCAAUAAAAUAAUGUGUAUUUAAGAAUCUAGACCUACUCCAUAUUUCAGAGCACACUAUAAGGAGUAUAAUGACACCAGGAUGUUGUCUGUAUCAUGUACAAAUCACGCAUCAUAGGGUCUUACAGGAGGCAUGUAUAGGUGUAAAAAGGACCUAAAAUAGAGCCCCACAGUGGAGGUGUCAUAAUACCCAUAAAACCUAGCGGUCAAACUGGGAAAUGGUUCCAAUCGUUUUUCCACCAUUCAUUUUUCCCAUUGGGGAUUUUAGAAACACUUAAAAUAAGGGCUGUGUUUUAUGGAGGCUUACCCUUGUGAUGUUUUGAUAACCAUGUAAAUCUCUCUCGGACAAGGUGACUUUUAUCAAUAUAUUCGACUCUAUUUAUUCUCAUAUUCGAAAAUGCUAAUUAGCAUCAAAGUAGACAUGCAAGACUACAAAUCCCUGCAAGAUCCUGCACAUCAUCUCUAGCUGAAACCUUUGCUAAACAGGUAUUGUGUCAAUUUAAAAUUUGCACAAGACAGUUCACGGAAUUGUACAUUUUAAAGAAAUGUAGCUAAUUUAUUCAUUACUACAUUUAGCUAACAUUAGAUACAGUGGGGAAAAAAGUAUUUAGUCAGCCACCAAUUGUGCAAGUUCUCCCACUUAAAAAUAUGAGAGAGGCCUGUAAUUUUCAUCAUAGGUACACGUCAACUAUGACAGACAAAUUGAGAAUUUUUUUCUCCAGAAAAUCACAUUGUAGGAUUUUUAAUGAAUUUAUUUGCAAAUUAUGGUGGAAAAUAAGUAUUUGGUCACCUACAAACAAGCAAGAUUUCUGGCUCUCACAGACCUGUAACUUCUUCUUUAAGAGGCUCCUCUGUCCUCCACUCGUUACCUGUAUUAAUGGCACCUGUUUGAACUUGUUAUCAGUAUAAAAGACACCUGUCCACAACCUCAAACAGUCACACUCCAAACUCCACUAUGGCCAAGACCAAAGAGCUGUCAAAGGACACCAGAAACAAAAUUGUAGACCUGCACCAGGCUGGGAAGACUGAAUCUGCAAUAGGUAAGCAGCUUGGUUUGAAGAAAUCAACUGUGGGAGCAAUUAUUAGGAAAUGGAAGACAUACAAGACCACUGAUAAUCUCCCUCGAUCUGGGGCUCCACGCAAGAUCUCACCCCGUGGGGUCAAAAUGAUCACAAGAACGGUGAGCAAAAAUCCCAGAACCACACGGGGGGACCUAGUGAAUGACCUGCAGAGAGCUGGGACCAAAGUAACAAAGCCUACCAUCAGUAACACACUACGCCGCCAGGGACUCAAAUCCUGCAGUGCCAGACGUGACCCCUGCUUAAGCCAGUACAUGUCCAGGCCCGUCUGAUGUUUGCUGGAGAGCAUUUGGAUGAUCCAGAAGAGGAUUGGGAGAAUGUCAUAUGGUCAGAUGAAACCUAAAUAUAACUUUUUGGUAAAAACUCAACUCGUCGUGUUUGGAGGACAAAGAAUGCUGAGUUGCAUCCAAAGAACACCAUACCUACUGUGAAGCAUGGGGGUGGAAACAUCAUGCUUCGGGGCUGUUUUUCUGCAAAGGGACCAGGACGACUGAUCCGUGUAAAGGAAAGAAUGAAUGGGGCCAUGUAUCGUGAGAUUUUGAGUGAAAACCUCCUUCCAUCAGCAAGGGCAUUGAAGAUGAAACGUGGCUGGGUCUUUCAGCAUGACAAUGAUCCCAAACACACCGCCCGGGCAACGAAGGAGUGGCUUCGUAAGAAGCAUUUCAAGGUCCUGGAGUGGCCUAGCCAGUCUCUUUGGAGGGAGUUGAAAGUCUGUGUUGCCCAGCGAUAGCCCCAAAACAUCACUGCUCUAGAGGAGAUCUGCAUGGAGGAAUGGGCCAAAAUACCAGCAACAGUGUGUGAAAACCUUGUGAAGACUUACAGAAAACGUUUGACCUGUGUCAUUGCCAACAAAGGGUAUAUAACAAAGUAUUGAGAAACUUUUGUUAUUGACCAAAUACUUAUUUUCCACCAUAAUAUGCAAAUAAAUUCAUUAAAAAUCCUACAAUGUGAUUUUCUGGAUUUUCUUUUCUCAUUUUGUCUGUCAUAGUUGACGUGUACCUAUGAUGAAAAUUACAGGCCUCUCUCAUCUUUUUAAGUGGGAGAACUUGCACAAUUGGUGGCUGACUAAAUACUUUUUUUCCCCACUGUAGUUAAUCCAGAGAUUCUUACCUUUGCCUCGAUUCGGCUGUCUCGUCCAGAUCACCAUGGUAUUUGUAGUUCUUGAUUGCCACAUUAGCAAUUAGCAUUUUUUUUGGGGUGGGGGGGGAAUUUACCAGCAAAUAUAUUGAUAAAAGUCAACUUGUCCUAGAGAUUUACACGGUUAUCAAAACGUCACACCAGGGUAAGCCUACAUGAAAGACAGCUCUUAUUUGAAGUGUUUCGAAAAUCCCCCAUGGGGAAAAAUGAAUGGUGGGAAAACAAUUGGAACCAUUUCCCUGUUUUAUGGGUAUUAUGACUCAUACUGUGGUACUGUAUGGCCACUUUUAUCAUGAUUUUCUCAAAAAUGGUUUGUGAUACAAAUGUAAAAAGGAUGUUAAACAUACUUCCUCCCAGUGAAGUUUCUAUGUGAGAAUUGCUAGAACAAUCUGAGAUACCAAAAUAUUUUCUGCCUACGCUGGCAUGGAUUCGCCCUACUUAUAAAAAAUGAUUAGUCGCGUACACAUAUUUUGCAGAUGUUAUCGCUGGUGUAGCAAAAUGCUUAUAAAAGAGUUAGGCACCUAGGCCUAGCUAUUCCAUUGGCCUCAUUUUGUGAACAGUCAGCUCUUCUGCCUGUAUGGAAUCUGUUUUAACAUCUGUUCCAGUUUGAAUGAGGUAAACAACCAUUUAGUCUAUAUUUCAGUUUGACCCAAUGUUUAAAGGUCCAAUGCAGCCGUAUUUAUCUCUAUCAAAUAAUUUCAGAGUAAUUCAAUCAAGUAAUUCUAAAUAAAUUAAAAUAGUCAAAAAAUAAAUAUUCUUAGCAAAGAGCAAUUUCUCAAGCAAUAAUUUUGCUAGGACUGUCUGGUAGUGGUCUGCAUGGGGAGAAUAAAAGUAGCUGUUAUUGGCAGAGAGGUUUGGAACUCUUUCUUAUUGGUCUAUUAACUCAUUUACUGCCUGGUAGAGCUGGGCAAUAUGGACAGAAAUCCAUAUCAAGUUAAAUUGACUGAAUAUCACGAUAACGAUACAUUUAACAAUAUGUUUAUAACAUUAAUGUGCACCAUAGUUUUUUAAUUUUGUAUAUUACCCUUAAAACUACUACUACUUUGAAUGUUGCAGCUAUUAAUUGUCCCAUUAACAAUCACCCAUAUUAGCUAACUUAUUUCAUUUCGAGCUUCACAUAUCUCUAGUAGGGCCCUAUAGGUUAUUUAUCGUAAUGAACAAUAUCAGCAAAAUAUCCACGAUACAGUGCAUUCAUAAAGUAUUCAGACCUCUUGACUUUUUCCACAUUUUGUUAAUUACAGCCUUAUUCUAAAAUUGAUUUUAAAAAAUGUUUGCUCAUCAAUCUACACACAAUACCCCAUAAUGACAAGGCAAAAACUGUUUUUUUAAUUUUCUUCUUUGCAAAAAAAUAAAAAAUACAGUAAAAACAGAUAGUAUUCAGACCUUUUACUCAGUACUUUGUUAAAGCACCUUUGGUAGUGAUUACAGCCUAUAGUCUUCUUGGGUAUGACGCUAGAAACUUGGCACACCUGUAUUUGGGGAGUUUCUCCCAUUCUUCUAUGCAGAUCCUCUCAAGCUCUGUCAGGUUGGAUGAGGAGUGUCGCUUCACAGCUAUUUUCAGGUCUCUCCAGAAAUGUUAGAUCGGGUUCAAGUCCGGGCUCUGGCUGGGCCACUCAAGGACUUGUCCCGAAGCCACUCCUGCAUUGUCUUGGCUGUGUGCUUAGGGUCGUUGUCCUGUUGGAAGGUGAACCUUCGCCCUAGUCUGAGGUCCUGUGCGCUCUGGAGCAGGUUUUCAUCAAGGAUCUCUCUGUACUUUGCUCCGUUAAUCUUUCCCUCGAUCCUGACUAGUCUCCCAGUCCCUGCCGCUGAAAAACAUCCCCACAGCAUGAUGCUGCCACCACCAUACUUCACCGUAGGGAUGGUGCCAGGUUUCCUCCAGACGUGAUGAUUGGCAUUCAGGCUAUCAUGUGCCUUUUACUGAGGAGUGGCUUAUGUCUGGCCAUUCUACCAUAAAGGCCUGAUUGGUGGAGUGCUGCAGAGAUGGUUGUCCUUCUGGAAGGUUCUCCCAUCUCCACAGAGGCACUCUGGAGCUCUGUCAGAACCAUCGGGUUCUUGGUCACCUCCCUGACCAAGGCCCUUCUCCCCCGAUUGCUAAGUUUGGUUGGGCGGCCAGCUAUAGGAAGAGUCUUGGUGGUUCCAAACUUCUUCAAUUUAAGAAUGAUGGAGGCCACUGUGUUCUUGGGGACCUUCAAUGCUGCAGAAAUGUUUUGGUACCCUUCCACAGAUCUGUGCCUCGACACAAUCCUGUCUCGGAGCUCUACGGACAGUUCCCCUCGACCUCAUGGCUUGGUUUUUGCUCUGACAUGCACUGUCAACUGUGCAACCUUUAUAUAGACAGGUGUGUGCCUUUCCAAAUCAUGUCCAAUCAAUUGAAUUUACCACAGGUGGACUCCAAUCAAGUUGUAAAAACAUCUCAAGGAUGAUCAAUGGAAGCAGCAUGCACCUGAGCUCAAUUUCAAGUCUCAUUGCAAAGGGUCUGAAUACUUAUGUAAAAAAGGUAUUUCAGUUUUUUAUUUGUAAUACAUUUGCAAAAAUUUCUAAAAACCUGUUUUUGCUUUGUCAUUAUGGGGUAUUGUGUGUAGAUUGAUGAGGAAAAAAAUUGAAGUCCAUUUUAGAGUAAGACUGUAACGUAACAAAAUGUGGAAAAAGUCAAGGGGUCUGAAUACUUUCCGAAUGCACUGUAAGUGGUCGGUUUGGUUGGUGUCGAUCAUUUUCGGUUUAUCGUCCUAGCUCUAGUCACCAGCCAGGCCAAAUCUCCAUCCCAACAAAACUGGCUGACAUUUCAGACGGUCUUUUCAAACAGCUCUUACACUAAUCGGACAUUAUCAUAAUGUUCACAAUUUCACAGUAUUAGGCUAUUCCAACCUCCAUAGUGUGGAAAUGUAUAAAACACAGGAAAAUCACUUUUGACUUACUGGGCCUUUAAUGAAUAACUGAUGCAUCUUUACUGCUGGGUUUAUUGUACCUGGCAGGCUUUUACGUUUUAAAUGCAUUCCACAUUGUGAUUCCAAUAGAAAUGCAUGUGCCUGUCUGGAAAGGCUGUCUUCAGUCAUUCAUAAAGUCACCACCCUCUUCAGUUUCAUUUCCUAAAGUGUACUGCAAGUAAUCAUCUUCCUUUUGACAUGUUCCCUACUUCCCUUGUGUUUUCUCUCUGCAUGUUGUGCAAGACAUUCCAUCAUGUAGUCACUAGCCCAGUCAGUGAUUUUCCCCUCAAAGCACAUUGCAAUGGCACUGGAGAGUGGAGACACCCCACACUCGUAUACGUUGCACAAAUUUUCUUAGACUUGUCAUUUCCUUUCUCUUCUUAGCUUCUUGCUCCUGUAUGUCCUUUAACCCAGAGACCAGGAGGCUGUCUGUGGGGAUGGAGAAUGGAACCAUCUCUGUAAGUGACUGUUUCUGUUGUCUAAGAUACACUCAUGAUUGGGCGUGACAUACUUUUAUACCAAGCAUCCAGCCUUAUCCCACAGUCAACCUUGAUACACAUACCAAAGCCCAUACCCCAGGGCCAGAUUGGGGGCUGGUUGGGCUGGUUCAAUUCAUGAUUUCAUGUUUAACAUUUAGUGGGUCACUGAGUAGCUAGCUACUGUCUCUCUUACUCUCUCGCUCUGAAUCUUUGCUUCUCCAGACACCAGCACUGAUCGAUACUGCCAAAGGGGUUGCGUCUCUGAGUAGCCUAAUCUUCCGCAUGAUUGGCUAAGCAGUUAGGUGGAUCAAUCAACACAGGGAUACUAAAUAUGUCUAAUCUACUGGAAUGGCUUGGUCACCCAGGCAGUUGCACUGUGAAAUUGAGUCUAGAUGGGUUAUUAUAGAAUAAUUGCAUUCAUUUUUUAUUACAGUUUUUCUCCAUUGGUUUGGCUCAUUUCUUGAAACAGAAAUUACAUUCUCAAAACUACAUGGUCAAACCUCCAAACCACUUGGCAAUUGUUCACAACAGAAUUGAAUUUCUCAUUCAUUUCAUCAAAUUGCAAAUGUCUAAGUACAUGUCUCAAUGUCUCAGUACAUCUUUGCAAAUGAUUAAGUACAGGUAGCCUACAUUUAGCACAAUUUCCAAGUGAAUAGAUCUUGUUGAUCUAAACUGAUUGUUGAUUCUCAGUCUAAUGGUUGUUCGCUCCAAAACGUGUCAGCGUCAUUUCAUUGUAUAAGUCAUCACAUGCACAAUAGUCUGUUCAAUUGUCAAAAUUAGUCAAGAACAUAAUACCAUGAAUACCAUAUACAGUGGGGAAAAAAAGUAUUUAGUCAGCCACCAAUUGUGCAAGUUCUCCCACUUAAAAAGAUGAGAGAGGCCUGUCUUUUUCAUCAUAGGUACACGUCAACUAUGACAGACAAAAUGAGGAAAAAAAAUCCAGAAAAUCACAAUGUAGGAUUUUUAAUGAAUUUAUUUGCAAAUUAUGGUGGAAAAUAAGUAUUUGGUCAAUAACAAAAAUUUCUCAAUACUUUGUUAUAUACCCUUUGUUGGCAAUGACACAGGUCAAACGUUUUCUGUAAGUCUUCACAAGGUUUUCACACGCUGUUGCUGGUAUUUUGGCCCAUUCCUCCAUGCAGAUCUCCUCUAGAGCAGUGAUGUUUUGGGGCUGUCGCUGGGCAACACAGACUUUCAACUCCCUCCAAAGAUUUUCUAUGGGGUUGAGAUCUGGAGACUGGCUAGGCCCCUCCAGGACCUUGAAAUGCUUCAUACGAAGCCACUCCUUCGUUGCCCGGGCGGUGUGUUUGGGAUCAUUGUCAUGCUGAAAGACCCAGCCACGUUUCAUUUUCAAUGCCCUUGCUGAUGGAAGGAGGUUUUCACUCAAAAUCUCACAAUACAUGGCCCCAUUCAUUCUUUCCUUUACACGGAUCAGUCGUCCUGGUCCCUUUGCAGAAAAACAGCCCCAAAGCAUGAUGUUUCCACCCCCAUGCUUCACAGUAGGUAUGGUGUUCUUUGGAUGCAACUCAGCAUUCUUUGUCCUCCAAACACGACGAGUUGAGUUUUUACCAAAAAGUUCUAUUUUGGUUUCAUCUGACCAUAUGACAUUCUCCCAAUCCUCUUCUGGAUCAUCCAAAUGCACUCUAGCAAACUUCAGAUGGGCCUGGUCAUGUACUGGCUUAAGCAGGGGGACACAUCUUGCACUGCAGGAUUUGAGUCCCUGGCGGCGUAGUGUGUUACUGAUGGUAGGCUUUGUUACUUUGGUCCCAGCUCUCUGCAGGUCAUUCACUAGGUCCCCCCGUGUGGUUCUGGGAUUUUUGCUCACCGUUCUUGUGAUCAUUUUGACCCCACGGGGUGAGAUCUUGCGUGGAGCCCCAGAUCGAGGGAGAAUAUCAGUGGUCUUGUAUGUCUUCCAUUUCCUAAUAACUGCUCCCACAGUUGAUUUCUUCAAACCAAGCUGCUUACCUAUUGCAGAUUCAGUCUUCCCAGCCUGGUGCAGGUCUACAAUUUUGUUUCUGGUGUCAUUUGACAGCUCUUUGGUCUUGGCCAUAGUGGAGUUUGGAGUGUGACUGUUUGAGGUUGUGGACAGGUGUCUUUUAUACUGGUAACAAGUUCAAACAGGUGCCAUUAAUACAGGUAACGAGUGGAGGACAGAGGAGCCUCUUAAAGAAGAAGUUACAGGUCUGUGAGAGCCAGAAAUCUUGCUUGUUUGUAGGUGACCAAAUACUUAUUUUCCACCAUAAUUUGCAAAUAAAUUCAUAAAAAACCUACAAUGUGAUUUUCUGGAUAUUUUUUCCUAAAUUUGUCUGUCAUAGUUGACGUGUACCUAUGAUGAAAUUUACAGGCCUCUCUCAUCUUUUUAAGUGGGAGAACUUGCACAAUUGGUGGCUGACUAAAUACUUUUUUUCCCCACUGUAUGAAUCCCUUGGAACAUUUGAUAAAUUUAUUACAGCAAUUGACAGUCAGGUGAAACUAGAACUUGACUAACGAAGGAGGAGUUUCACACAUCUCAGAUGACCAAUCAAACAGUAUGUUUAGUUACCUGACAGGUGCUGUCCAUGACUGUGAAUGCUGCCAAACAUGUAUGUAAAGAGCUUGACCAUGCAGGACCAGUACAAUUUCUGAACAUGGAGGCACCUGGCCAAGGGCCGAAGACGUGGCCGUAAUAUUAUUGGCCACCGGGCCAUGGUGGAUGUCCCAGGCCAGCGAGGGGGCAAUAUAACUAUGUGUGCUGCCAUAUCGGAGAAUGGUGUGGCCACUCACAUCCCCAGUCUUGGCCCAUACAAUACACAGAAGCUCCUCAUCUUCUUGGACCGCCUUCAUGUUGAUUUAAUCCCUGAAAAUGAGAGCGGUCUCGUAGGGCCUCACCUACCACAAUAUGUCAUUGUAUGGGACAAUGUGAAUUUCCACCGUGGCCCGCUCAUCAGGGCCUGGUUCACUACUCAUCCAAGGAUGGUCAUGGUGUUCCUACCACCUUACUCUCCUUUCCUCAAUCCUAUUGAGGAGUAUUUCUCCGCUUGGAGGUGGAGAGUGUAUGAGCAUCGGGCUCAAGAUCAGAGGUCCCUGCUCCAUGCAAUGGACGCUGCGUGUGAGGAUAUUACAGGAGAUCAGUGUAGGGGAUGGUUGCGACAUGCACGCCGUUUCUUCCCUCGUUGCAUCGCAAGGGAGAAUAUACGCUGUGAUGUGGACGAGAAUCUGUGGCCAGACAGACAGCAGCGUGUGGAUGGCCAGGAGGGUGAGGACAGCGACCAGUGAAGAACUGUUAGUUGUGAAACUCCAGCUUUAUUUACAGCACUGUAGGCUGCAUAUAAUUUUCAUUGUUUUUUGUUUGUGUGUUUAUAUUACAGUAUAUUAUGCUGUAUACAUUUUCUUUUUACUCUGAUGUAUGGAAGUUACUUUAUGUGUGUGAAUGAUAAUGGUUACAAUUUCCUUGGCAGUAUGAGUGCAAUGUGUGAUGUCAAACCUUGGAGGCUACUCUUACCCUAAAAUCCUAUUUAUUUUUUUCAGUUUUAUACACAAUUGUAUUCUGUUAGCUAGACAAAAAACAGUACAGUAACCAUUGUCAAUGAAGGACUGGGCUAAGACUGAAAGGUGGACAUAUUUCAAUGGUCCUCUGCCAUAGUGACAAAACAUCUAAACAUUUUGACUUGCAGUGCUUACACAAUGCCAAAGGGACGAAGCAUUUUGGGGGCACUGACUGUUUAAAUGAGAAGGAAAUUUAGUUUUGACACAUGCGUGAACUGUUUUGGGAGAGGUAUGAGCUUUUGCAGGUGAACCAUGGUGUUGUGCCGAACCAUCCACGUUAUUUUGGCUAAAGCACCAAGAGUGUUGAGAACGUCCGGUCUGUUUCAAGAAAUGAGCCAAAGCAAUUGAGAAGGAUCUUUGCCAUUUUCGUGGCACUGACUCCUUAUAUGGGAAAGGAAUUUAGUUUUGAAGCAUGAGUGAACAGUUUUAGGAGAGAUAUGAGCUUUUGCAAGUGAGCUAUAGUGUUGUGCUGAACUGUAAGACUGUUUUGCCAAAUGAUCUUAGAGUUUUGAGAAUGUAAUUUCUGUUUCAAGAAAUGAGCCAAACCAAUGGAGAAAAACUGUAAUUGGCUAAAUAGCCUAAAAUUAACAUGGAUAUACUUUGCUAAACCUAAGCACUUCCUUUUGCAUCAGAAGGUAAUUUCAAGCAUUGUGUAACUUUGACCUGAAAGUAUGUCCAUAUCAAAUAAAUAUUGUGCUUUUUCUUGGGAAAACCAGUGAGUGACAUACUUCUUGUGUUUCAGGAGUUCAUCCUGUCAGAAGACUACAACAAGAUGACCCCGGCACAGACCUAUCUGGGUGAGAUGGGAAGUGUGGGCACAGGCUGUGUUCUUUGUGUGACUCAGCUGACUCUGGUCAAUGGCAGGAAGGGAUGAAACCUGGCAAAAUAAUGGAUGUUUUUUCUAUUCAUGGUGCUUUGGUUGGUUUUAGCUACAAGGCCUCUAAAAGCAAUAUACUAAGAUUGAGCUUGCUGCCAACAGUUCUACUGUACGACUGCAAUCUUGUCUGUUUUGAUCAAUUUUAAAGGAUGCGAAGAACACCAAUCUGUCUACUGUUAUACUAUGUACAGUAUAUGACAGUCUAUGGUCAUAUUUACACCAGUAUCUUUUGUUUAUUAACAUGCCAUUGUGUGUGUUCUGUAUCAGCCCACCAGGGCAGAGUGACAGUGGUGCUGUUUGUGUUGGAGAUGGAGUGGGUCCUCAGUACAGGACAGGACAAGAACUUCACCUGGCACUGCUCUGAGAGUGGAACACAGCUUGGGUUAUACCGCACCACCGCCUGGGUCUCUGGACUACAGUAUCCUUCGGCUGUUACAAACCAUAUUUCUCUAUUCUAUUUUAUUCUAUUCAUUCUGUUCUAUUCACAUGCUGUUGCUAUUAGUGAUUGGGGGGGAAAUCAUUACAGUUACAUAUCGCAAUAUGAGUUUUGAAUGAUAUUUGAUUCCAAGUAUCGAUUUGUCAAAAAUAUUAUUAUUAUUAUUAUUUUUUUGAAUAAUAUGCUACUGUAGGUAGCGUUAGCUAGCGCUAGUCGGCUGUAUGAAAAAUUCAGGUAUUUUUCAUCCCUUCUUUUUAAAUACUGAGCCAACAUGAUUUCAGCACUUUUUUAUUUCCCUGACUGAUCAAAACUAGUUUUCUCGUGCUCUCUCUUGUCUCUCUGCAGAAGACGUAUAGUGAGCAAUAUGUUUGGAACAUCAAGUCGCAAUAAAAUAUCGUAUCGGCACCCAAGUAUCGUGAUAAUAUUGUAUCGUGAGGUCCCUGGCAAUUCCAGCCCUAGUUGCUAUGUCACAAAUAUCUUAACAAAUACUACCUGUGUGUGAAGUGUAAAGCCACAGACAAUAUUUCAAGUGAUAACAGCACUUGACUGUGUCUCCUUCACCUCAAACAAGUGUAUUUUUUAAUGACAACAAGGCGCUAUGGGUGGACAUGGCCCUCUGCCGCUUUCUCCCACGAUGCAGUAGACCAGAGAGGGAGCCAGAUAAGCGUCCCAGUAGCUUUUCUUAAUGGGGGAGGCUAACGAUAGCCUUCAGUCAUGCAGUCCAAGGCAAUGGUCCGGGAGAUUUCUGUAAUGGUCGAGAUAAAAGGUUUGGGUCCACUCCGCUGUGGAGGGCUCUCAAUACCAACUAGCUCUGUGAGGUCUUAAGACUGACUUAUGCUUCAAAGACAGGGAUAAACAAUUCCAAUGUUAAAUACAACAAACAAAACGAUGUUCGGACAUAUGGCAGCCAUCUUGUUUGUUUUGGCUUUGUAUGCCUUUUUACAAACCCAGAGCAGUCAUUGUAUGUUAUUCAAAAUUGUUGAAAUGAAAGAACUACUUGGAAUGUGUAUUUUCUUUAGUAUAUCAUCCAGCAAAUUUGUCUAAACAACCACAGUUCUGAGUUAGCCUGGAAUCAGAUUAGUACAGCAACCCUUUUCAGAAGGAGGAGAAAUUAGAUUAUGCUCUGUGAAAAGAUUUGUCUUAUUUUUUUCUCUCUGUUGAUUGCUUUGUUAUCAUUCUGGCCUCUCACUGAAAGGUCUCUCUUGAGAUCUGAGACUAAAUACAUAUGAUUUUGUAGCUAAUGAACAGUUAACUGUGGUGGUAAGUUUACUGAUGUGGAUUGUUUUUGUUGGAAAUUAAGAAGUAUAAUGCAGUCAGUCCUUCACUGAAUAGAAUGAACCACAUACAGAUCAGAUACGAGUAGGUUUCAACCAGUUAACACUGAUUGAAUAGAAUAAAUACAGUGUGUGCAAAUCCGUCAAGUUGCUCAGAUGCAAACAGUUGAGUUAAACGGUCAUUGCCAUUAUCAUGUUUUUGCUGCAGACCAUCCUUGACCGUGCCCCUCCCAGGUUCGACGUGGAGACGAGGCACGCCUUUGUGGGUGACUACUCUGGUCAGGUGACCAUCCUAAAGCUGGAGCAGGACAGCUGUAGUCUGGUCACCACCUUCAAAGGACACACAGGUACUACUACUACGCCCCAUGUUACAAAACAACACUCGUCCCCUACCUAUAGUACCCCAUAGUACCCCAUCCUCGAAACACCACCUUUUGGGACUACUCCAUUGGUUCCAAUACGCAGAGGAAGCAAAAUAAAGCCCCUAAAUAUUUGAAAGAAAACACAUACUAUUUUAGACCCAGGUCUUCAAAAAUCAUGGAGAUUUUAUAAAUCGGUCUAUUACCCACUUUAUUUAUUUCCAUGUUUUCACCCCAACUGACUGUCCCUCCUGGCCACUCAGCCACUCGGCCACUCGCCAGCAGUGACAGAGGUGUAGUGUGGGACAUUGUACACUCCAGAGGACAACCCUCACAGCUAUUUAUAAACCCUCUGUUCUGAUCUGGGGUCAGUUGUUUUAGCACUCUCACAUCUCCUCUACUUCCUAUAUUGACAGAAGAGCGUGUGACUGAGAAUGUUGCUGACAUCACCACUAUUCCAGGCCUGUCUGUUAUCAGUAGGGUUACAAAUAUUUGUCAUUAUGCAAAUAUCUGCCUGUGAAAAGCACUGGAACAUAUUUCCCUUUGAAUUAGACAUAAGGGGGUGCUCUAGCAUGGCUCAAGAGGGAUGAAUUGUGGUUCAUUAAAAGCAAAAGACUUGGCAAUUAUUGAGAAAGUCUGUUUAUUGAAUUUGCUUUCUUAAAAUUCAACUUUGUCUAAAUCAACUUGAAUUUGCUCAGAGUCACUUUUGUCCACUUUCUAAUCAUUGAGGCCUUUUAGUUUCUUGUGUUUGUUCCACUUGACCAGGUCAAGUUUAAGAUCCAGUGAUGGAAUGUGUGUUAUGUGUUCUGCUCUCUUUAGGCAAUGUGACAGCGCUGUGUUGGGACCCGGUCCAGAGAGUGUUGUUUUCCGGCAGCUCCGAUCACUCCAUCAUCAUGUGGGACAUCGGGGGACGCAAAGGUACCGCCAUCGAACUUCAGGGACAC